AAAAUUAGUAGGGAAAUGGAGCAUAUACACUCCUGAGGUCGAGGCGAUUGUCAACAUUAGAGUUUCUCAGCUCCAUCCUCCUUGGAGAGUGUCGUCACUUCCGGUAUAGUUUCUGUCUCUGUGAGGAGAAUACCUCCGGCUAAAGAACAGAUUGUCAGAACUCAGGAUCCGUUAAGAACACAGUUUACAAUUACUCUCUUCUUGGGCUUGUUGAACCACAUAUAAUUUGACAACAUGUCUAUCACUUCAAAAAGUAUGUCUUUGACUAAAGAAAUGUCUGUGGAGGAAUCUUACUCGAAAACCAGCAGCAGCAUCUCUUCGAGCGUGAUGAGCAGCACGCUGGAGAGCAGCAGCAGCCUCAUGUCCUCCACCCUCGGUGACUUGGAUUCUGGCAUAUCUUCUGUGGUCAGCAAGAUCGAUUCCGACAUUCUCGACACCACAAAAGGACUCUCUUCAGGUUUGAAGUUGUCUUCAGUGGAAAAGAGUUCUUCUGUGAUGCAAAGCGAAAACAGUUACUCUUCGAAGAAACUGGAAUCUUCUUCCUCAGUGGAUAUCCAGGAGUCCAGUCAAUCCAUGUCCAUGAGCAUGUCAAAGGAAGAAGUGAGUAUGUCAAAGAGCGAAGCCAUUUCCCAGUCCAAGGCCAUAAGCAAGUCUGAAUCCAUUUCUUCCGAAAUCAGCGAAGAAAAGCCAUCCGUCUAUGUAGUCGUCAUGGAUUACACGCCCAGGGGCGGAGAUCCAGAAGGGCUCUUGGUGACAGAAGGGCAAGAAGUAGAAGUUAUUGAUUCGAGUAGAGCUCACAAGUGGCGAGUCAGACUACGUAAAGACGGAACAGAAGGCACUGUACCAUCUUGCUACUUGGAAAAGAAAACGACAGUCACCCCACCAAUGUCUCCACAACUGGAUCCGAAGGCUCAGGCCACUAUAGCACGAAGAGAGAAAGUUUUAAAGGAGCUAGUGGAGUCAGAAGAAGCAUUUGCCAGAGACAUGCAAUAUGUUGUUAACAACUACAUCAAAGAAAUGGAUAAUAAGAAAAUGCCCAAAGACCUACGUGAUUAUAAGGACGUACUUUUCUCAAAUUUCGCAGCCAUCUCAGAAUUCCACAAUAACGUUCUUAUGAAAGGUAUUCAAUAUUAUGCAGAUGAUCCUGCCCGCCUUGGUAAAACCUUUUUGAGGCUGGAACGGGACUUCGACAUGCACGUGGCUUAUUGCAGAGAUGAACCUGAAGCGCAACACCUCCUUCAAGAAGGACCACUAAAAGAAUAUUUUGAUGAAUUCAGUAGAAAGAUUGAUGAUGAAAAAUCACUCGCAGAACAUUUGAAACUGCCUAUACAAAGGAUUAACGAUUAUCAGCUACUUCUGAAAGAACUCAUAAAAUACACAGCUAGGUUAAGAGAAGACACCACCGACUUGGAGAAAGCUCACGAUUUCAUGCAAGCCAUUCCUCAGCGCAUUGCUGACCUGCAAUACAUUAAUUCCAUUCAAGGCUAUAAAGGAAACAUCCACAAGUUAGGCAGGAUACUCAAACACGAUUGGUUCGAAGUAACUGAUGGCAAUAACUUACGCAGGGAGAGGUUACUCUUCCUGUUUAAGGGAAGGAUCUUCAUUACUGACCACAAACGUGUUGGCAGCACUCGCUCAAUAUAUCUAGUCAAACAUGCCAUAAAAUUACCUGAGGUAGAAAUCGUGGAUUGUGCCGAUGACGACGACCUGAAGCUCCGUUUCCAGAGUCUGAAAAGUGGAGCCGCUGGAUUUCCGUUCACCCUCAAAAGCAAAACCAUCGAGCAAAAGGAGGAUUGGCUCAAGGCCAUUCAAGAAACAUCUGGACCCCACAUUGAAGAUUUGGGGGACGAAGAGCUGGAUCAAAUUGAAGAUCAAGGAACAAAAAUUGAGGAAUUCUAUGAAAAGCAUGAGACCAAGGUGGAAGUCAUUGAAGACUUCGAAGCAUACGAAGAAAUGCACACGGUUAUAACAGAGAGUGUGAGAUCUGGAUCUCUUACAUCAUUAGAAGAUUUUCACUCUGCGCUGGACGACGAGCCCUCUCUGUGUCUCACGGCCUCCGAACAGGAGUCCGGGGGUCCUGGUCGACCCCGAUUCACGGUGCCUUUGAAAGCAGUCACCUGUGCCGAGGGUGUAGAAGCUGUCCUGGAGUGUGAAGUGUGUGCCUCUCCUGAUGCGACAGUUGCUUGGUUAAAAGAUAAUUCUCCUUUGACCUCCUCCCAGAGAGCCAUUCUGGAGGCAGACGGAGGAAAGCACCGCCUCCUCAUAAAGAAGACAGAAUGUGUAGAUUCUGGCCUUUACACGAUCAUUGCAUCUAAUGUCCAGGGCACAACGUCCUGCAGCGCUCCUUUGACUGUCAGCUCUGCACCUGAUACUUUGCCACCUACAACACCUGGUGGUAGUCCGUUGUCAUACGGACCUAUCUUCAGAGAGAAAUUGCGUGAUACUGAAUUACAGGAAGGCACAGACUUCAGAGUCUGCGUCAUUGUUGAAGGCGAACCAAAAUCUGAGCUGAAGUUCUACAAAAAUGACGAAGAAAUCGGAACUACUGGCAGAAUACGGUACCACAAAGAAAAUGACGAAUGCUACGAGCUGAUAAUAGACAAAGUUGAAAAAGAUGAUGCUGGGAAGUACUCCUGCGUUGCCAAAAGUUCUGCUGGUCAGAAUGUCACUGCAUGCGAUAUAGCAGUUACAAGCCCGAAAGUAUUCGUGAAAAUAGAGGAAGAUCGUGACAGGACCUCAACGCCAGACAUAAUUGACAAUGUUCAAUGGACUAAAGAUAAUGGUGGCAUAGAGGUAGAAUCAAGCGAACGUUUCAAAGUUGCCAUAGAUGAAUUGGAAGACACUGUAUCCUUGAUGUUCCAACAUGUGACACCAGAUGAUGCUGGAAUGUACACAUGCGUUGCCAGCACCAGUAGUGGUAAGAUAUCUUGCAGUGCUGAACUCACAGUUCAAGGUGGACUUCUUCGAGAUCCGGAGGCUCCUAAGUUGAAAGCUCAAACAAAGACUGUUGAUGUCAAAGCAGGAAAUUCUGCCUUGCUCGAACUUACAGCGACAGGUUUCCCGAAACCAGUAAUCACAUGGACAAAAGAUGGCGAAGAGUUGAAGAUGGGAGACAAAUUCGUAAUGCUCCAGGAAGAUGAUGAGACAUUUACAAUGGCAAUAAAAGAUAUUAACCAGGAAGAUAGUGGAAAAUACUGCGCAGAAGCUAUCAACGAUAUGGGCAAGGAUGACAUCACUUAUGACGUCCGUGUAACAAGUCCACCCAAGUUCCUUAAGCAGAUGAAAGGUAGCAGCGUUUUGGUUGGGGAAGACAUUGAGUUCUCUGUAGAAAUCGAUGGGUCGCCUGAGCCCACCGUUGCAUGGAGCAAAGAUGGCCAAGCCCUGUCUCCUUCCGAUAGAGUUCAAAUAACAUCGGACGGCAAAAUAAAGAAGCUGAUCAUAAAGAACGCUAAAGUUGAAGAUGCUGGAAAUUACUCUUGCAUUAUCAAAAACGAGCAUGGAAGUCAGGGAGGAUAUGGAGCCGUAGAAGUGAGCUCUCCAGCUAAAUUCGUGAAAGGUCUCAGCGAUACCAGUGUAGCUUCCGGCCAAAAUGCAGAAUUUAACGUUACGAUUGCUGGAAAUCCAACGCCAUCUCUUAAAUGGUUAAAAGACGGAAAAGAAGUCAAAAUUGACGACUCCCACAUAGUGCAGCGAAAGAAAGGAGACACUUCAUACACAUUAACAAUCAAGGAAACCACAACCGAAAACAUAGGCGAAUAUUCCUGUGAAAUCGUCAAUGAAUACGGAAAAGACACAUCUAAAGGAUCUUUGAGUAUUAAAGAGAAACUCGGAUUCAAGAAAGGAUUGAAAGAUGUUGAAGUUUUAGAAGGAGAAGAUAUCGAAUUGAAAGUCAAUAUUUCUGGAACUCCGAAACCCACUGUGAAAUGGUCUAAGGAUGGCAGCGACUUGACCAUCGAUGGCGAACACGUUGAACUAAGGAAGGAAGAAGCGGACGACUCCCUAACAGUUAUUGUCCAUAAGUGCACCACAGAGGACAGUGGAACAUAUAAAUGCACCAUCACUAAUUCAGAAGGCUCGGAAACUACCAAAAGUGAAGUGAAGGUCAAAGAGGAUAUUCAGGCUCCAACUUUCAAGAAGCAGUUAAAAGACAUGACCGUUACGGAAGGCGAGACAGUUGAAUUUUCAGUGAAAUUCUCCGGAAAACCACAAGUGAAAUGGACCAAAGGCGAUGCUGAGUUAAAGAUAGACAGCAAACAUUUCGAGUACAAAAAGGAAGAAGCUGAAGACUCGUUGACUCUCGUUCUUCACAAUGCUCAACCUGAAGACAGCGGAAAGUAUUCCUGUAUCAUAACAAAUUCAGCUGGAUCUGCUACCACGACGAGCAAUGUAACAGUCUCCGCUGAAGAAAAAGCACCCACAUUCCAAAAGGGACUCAAAGACCAAUCUGUAAAAGAAGAAGAAACGGUCAGUUUCAAUGUGAAAUUUACGGGAAAGCCCAAACCAACAACCAAGUGGGAUAAAGAUGGUGCCGAGCUGACCAUCGACAAUAAACAUUUUGAACUUCGCUACGAAGAGGCAGACGAUUCCUUGACUUUGGUCUUGAACAAGGCAACGAAGGAAGAUGCAGGAAAAUACACUUGCACUAUCUCGAAUUCAGUUGGAUCUGAAAAAACUUCUAGCAAAUUAGAAGUAAAAGCUGAUGAACAGGCCCCUACAUUCCAGAAAGGACUCAAAGAUCAAACUGUAAAAGAGAAUGAGACAGUUAACUUCAAUAUAAAAUUUACUGGAAAGCCUAAACCAACUGCUAAGUGGGACAAAGACGGUGCUGAAUUGACCAUUGAUAAUAAGCACUUUGAACUGCGCUACGAAGAAGCAGAAGAUUCCUUGACUUUAGUCUUGAACAAGGCCACAAAAGAUGAUGCUGGCAAAUACACCUGCACUAUUUCCAAUUCUGCCGGUUCCGAGAAGACAUCUAGUAAAUUAGAAGUAACAGAAACAGAAAAGGCCCCAAAGAUUAUUAAGAAGUUGAAAAAUAUUACCACUAUAGAAGAAGAGACUAUAGAACUCACUGUUGAAUACGAUGGUGUUCCAAAGCCUGAAACAAAAUGGAAAAAAGAUGGUAAAGAUAUAGUCAUUGACGAUGAUCACUAUGAACUCACCACAGAAGACAAAUCAGAAACCCUGACCAUCAAUGACGUCACUAAAGAAGAUGCAGGGGAUUAUUCCUGCACGAUUACCAACUCCGCUGGUUCGGACACAACAACGUCAACGGUGACUGUUAAAGAAGAGACAAGUUCUCCGAAGUUCACAAAAGGUUUGAAAGAUCAAAGUGUGAAAGAAGAACAAAUUGUGAAAUAUACCGUUAAGUUUACUGGCAAACCGAAACCAUCAGUCAAAUGGGCCAAAGAUGAUGCUGAGCUUAUGAUCGACGGUGAACAUAUUAAGUUAAUAGAGGAAGCUGAUGAUUCAUUGACAGUUGUCAUCAAAGAUACAAAGAUAAAAGAUUCUGGAAAAUAUUCUUGCACUAUCACAAAUUCAGAAGGAUCUGAGACCACCUCGAGUAAACUCACAGUAUCUGAAUCAACAUCAUCUCCUGAAUUUACACAGAAGUUGAAAGACAAAGAUGUCAAAGAAGGAACUGAUGCAGAAUUCACUGUAAAAUUUACUGGAAAACCUAAACCAAAUGCAAAAUGGACCUUCGACAGUGCAGAGCUCACCAUCGACAACAAGCACACAGAGCUGAAGACCGAAGAGGAUGGUGCUUCUCUCACUCUGAUCAUCCACGGAGCCACCAAAGACGAUGUUGGAAAAUAUGCCUGCACCAUCUCAAAUUCUUUCGGCUCUCAGACCACAAGCGGCAGGUUGACAGUCUCCGUUGCUCCUCAAUUUGUAAAAGGCCUAGAAAACAUUGAAGCUGAAGAAGGUGCGCCAUUGCGUCUUAAUGUCAAAUUUGAUGGACAGCCUGAGCCUAAAGUUGUCUGGAAGAAAGAUGGCAAAGUUGUGGAAAUAGAUGGAAAGAACGUGAAAACCUCCAUUGAAAGUGAUGAUUCUGUUACUUUAAUUAUUGAUAAAUUGAAGAAGGAAGAUGUUGGAAAAUAUACCUGCGAAAUUACCAAUCCUCAUGGAUCUGAUGCAACUUCUGGAAAUGUGACAGUUACUGGAAAGCCAGUCAUCAAGAAAGCACUGGAAGACAAAGAAGUGACAGUGGGAGAUACCAAUGUCGAAUUAGUUGUAGAGGCAAAAGGAACACCAAAGCCAGAAGUCAAAUGGUUCUUGAACGGAAAGGAAUUGUCCGAGAGCGACUCUUACUCAAUUUCCUCCGAUGCAGAAAAAGGUGUUUACAAGCUGAUAUUGAAGAAAGUGACCUCUGAGACAUCAGGAGAAGUGAAAUUCGAAGCAUCCAAUCCAAGUGGCAAAGCAGAUUGCAAAGGAAAACUUACUUUACUAAAGAAACCAAGUUUCUUGAAAGAUCUAACUGAUGUUACUUUAUUGGAUGGGGACACUCUCACACUUGAAACUUCAGUUGAUGGAUCUCCUGUGCCCACUAUUAAAUGGUAUAAAGGAAAGAAAGAGCUAACUUCAGAAGAUGUCACAAUAAAAAGCGAUGGUUCGAAUCAUAGCUUGGUUAUUGAAGAAACUGCCAUCGAAGAUAGUGGAGCAUACAUCUGCAAGGCCAAAAAUAAAGUAGGAGAAGCUAGUCAGCAAGCAACAGUUACAGUCAAAUCGAGGAAAGACACUCAGGCUCCCAUGUUCAUCACCCAUUUGUAUGAUCAAACUAUUGUUGUCGACGAUGCAGGAAGACUGGAAGCAAAAAUAACCGGAAAACCUGCUCCAGAAGUUACAUGGUAUCGAGGAGAUGGAGAAUUAAAAGCCAAUGAACGAACUAUCAUAAAAAGCGACGCCGACAGCAACACUUACACGCUUACUCUGAAGGAUCUGAAAAUUGAAGAUACUGCAAAAUAUGCAUGCAAAGCAGUCAACAAAUACGGAGAAGCUCAAGAAACAGCUCAAAUUACGAUCAAAGAACCCGUGGCCCCCAAAAUCGAAGAACUGGAGGAUCUGGAAGUGAGAUAUGGAGCUCCUGCAAGACUGAAAGCCAAAAUAUCAGGCUUCCCUAAACCUGAUGUCAAAUGGUUGAAAGGUGACAGUCCCAUUAAGGCUAACGAACAGUUUGAAAUCUCUGCGAAUCCCGAAAGCAAGAACUACGCUUUGUCUAUCAAGGCUGUCAAAGUGGACGAAAUCGGCUGCUACAAAUGCGUAGCUUCCAACCAAGCUGGGGAAGCGUCCGCAGAGUGCACGCUUUCAAUCAAAGGACAAUUACCUGUGUUUGUCAGGGAUCCUAAAGACCAAUCUCUUGACAUUGGGGAACAAUUCAAGUUCGAAGUUGAAGUGCAUGGCUUCCCUGAGCCUGAAAUAACAUGGCUUAAGGCUAAUAAACCCGUUGAAACCAACAGCCAUUUGAAAACAACAAAGAAUGGAGAUGUUUAUACGCUUGAAGGUACUGUAAAAGCUAUUGAAGAUGCAGGUGUCUUCACUUGUAAGGCUAUCAACAAAGCUGGUGAAGAUACGAGGAAGGCGACCUUGAAGAUUUCUGAUUUUGCCCCUAAGAUCACUGAAAAAUUGCCAUCAUCAGUUGAUCUUACCGAAGGAGAACCACUGAAAUUAAAAGCCAAAAUUGCAGGAAAACCCGCUCCAGAAAUCAAAUGGGUGAAAGAUGGUAAGCCUUUGAGGCAAAGCAGUCGGACCAACAUGUCUGUAUCUCCAGAUGGUACGGCCGAGCUCAGCAUAGCUGAUAUGACCCACGACGAUGCAGGCGUCUACAAAGUAGUGGCAACGAAUGAUAAAGGACAGACUGCUUCGGAAUCCAGCGUUGGAGUUGCUUUCCGUCCUAAAACUACAAAACCUUUCGUGGGACAACUACAUCCUGUAGAAGCUGUUGUUGGAAAGCCAAUCGUGUUGGAAGCCAAAGUAACUGGAAAUCCGAAACCUAAAAUUGAAUGGUUUAAAAAUGACACUAAAAUUGAAUCAGAUAAACACGUCAAUUUAUCCGAAGGAGAAAACAAGGCUAUUUUGACCAUUGAAAAGGCUGAAAUGAAUGAUGCUGGUGAAUACAAGUUGACUGCCACAAACGAGUUAGGAGAAGACAGUUCAUCGGCACCUAUUAAAGUAUCUGAACCUGGGAAGAAACCAGUGAUUGUGAAAGAACUAAAGGCAGGAAAAGUUUUAGAAGGAGAAGAAGCGAAACUCCAAGUUGUUGUAUCAGGGCAGCCAAUGCCAACCAUUGCCUGGAUGCAUAAUGGUAAGAAUGUUCUGGAAGGCCAGCACUCUACCGCAACAAUAGACGAAAACGGAGUCGCAAUAUUAACCAUCCACGAAGUGAAGUGUGAAGACGGAGGUCUGUAUACUGCCAUAGCAACCAACAAACAUGGAAAAGCUUCCAGCGAGGCACCUAUCAUUGUGACGCCACUCGUCAAACUCGAUGCAGAAAAGAAACCUUCGAAAAUAUUUGAAUUUCUACAACCUCUUAUGCCGAAACUUGUUCCUGAAGGUAAACCAUGCAUUCUAGAAGCCAAAGUGACAACCGAUCCUAAGCCUGCAUCAAUCAAAUGGACGAAAGACGGUAAAGAAAUACCGCCAUCGGAGCGAUAUCAGAUUUCUGAAGAAGCAAGUGGUUACCUUAAACUAGUCAUCGCUCAGAUGACACCUGCAGACAGAGGCAAAUAUGCCGUCACUGUAUCGGAUGGAGAAACAGAAAUUAGAAGCGAAGCAAUGGUUAAUAUGAUGCCUUCUAUGCCGGGAAUGUCCGGAAACAAACCCAUCUUCUUGAAAGGCCUGGAACCAUUGAAAGUUUCAGAAGGAGGAACCAUCACACUAAAGGCAGAACUUCCACCUGAUUCUGGCUGCACUAUUAAAUGGAUGAAAGAUGGUGACGACAUAGUGAAGAACGACCGUACUCAAAUUCUGGAGCAGCCAAACGGGGCUAUUGCACUAGUCAUCGAGGCCGCCAUGCCUGAAGAUUCAGGAAAAUAUGUGGUCAUCGCCACCAAUGAGGAAGGAAAGACAAGAAGUUCGGCCAAUGUAGCCGUUGUAGGUGAUGGAUUCAGAUUGCCUGAGAUCUUGGAAUCUUUGAAACCAGCUUCGUUUGUUCAAGGAGAACCUGGUAAACUUACAGCAAAGAUUGACGGAGAACCUAAACCUGACGUUAAAUGGUUGAAAGAUGGUGUCCCGAUAGAGCCCAGCGACAGAAUUAAGAUGCGACAAGAUCCAGAUGGAACUGUGACACUUGAUAUUGAGAAAGUACAGCCAGAGGACGCCGGGAAAUACACUCUUCUCGUAUCCAACAUCGGAGGAGAAACGAGAAGUUCGGCGAACGUCGAAGUCAUCCAAUCCCCACUGUUUGUGAAACCUUUGGAACCUGUAACAGGUGUAACUGAGUGCCCUGCUAAGCUGGAAUGCAAAGUGUCUGGAGAUCCGAUUCCAGAUAUCAAAUGGACGAAAGACGGAAAUGAAGUUUCCGAUGAUGAUCCUAACAUACGAAAAAGGCAUCUUCCGAGCGGCGACGUCGCUUUGGUGUUCGAUAAAUGUAAACCAGAGAAUGCUGGAGAUUACACUUGCACAGCUACGAACAAACAUGGAGAAAAGUCUUGCUCGGCUCCUUUGAAAGUGAUAAGUAAAGAUAUCGAAGGGCAACAUAAGAGUUCUCCUUCAUUCGUAUCACCUCUCAGCGACCUGAAAGUCCAAGAAGGAGACACAUUCAAACUGGAAGCCACUGUUUCUGGAAAUCCUAUUCCUGAAGUUCGCUGGUACUUGGACGAUCAACCCAUAUCAAUUUCAGACACAAUCCUACCGACAUUUGAUGGAAAGAAGGCUACUUUGAAAGUGUACCGUUGUAAUCCUCGACAUGAAGGUGUUUAUGAGUGCAAAGCCUCCAACAAUCAAGGCGAUGCUAGCUCUAAAGGAAAAGUCUCUGUGCAGCCACAUACUCCGCCGAGAUUCAUCGAACGGUUAUCUGAUAUGCAGUGCUUGGCGAGCCAACCAAUGAAGCUUGUAUGCCGAGUGGAAGGCGUUCCCGAUCCCCAAGUAGAUUGGUAUUUCAAUAGGAGAAAACUGGAUUCAGGCAUCAAAUACUCGAUACUGAGGGAAGGAGACAAAUGCAUCCUCACUGUGCCCCACCCACGACCUGCAGAUUCCGGCAUCUACGAGUGCCGAGCCAGGAACGAAGUGGGUAAAGACUCUUGCAGCGCCAACAUUGCAGUAAGUGGAGCUGAUUCAGAAGGAGAACCAGCUAUGUUCUUGAAGAAACUGAAGGACACAUCAGUUCUAAAUGGUAUGUCUGCCAAACUAACAGCCUGCAUCUGUGGAACGCCAAAGCCUGAAGUUAAAUGGUUUAAAGAUGGUACACAACUCUCUCCAGACAACCGACUGACAUUGGAAGAUGAUCGUAAUGGUGUCAUUCGACUUAUCAUUAGUGGAGCACAAAAGGCUGACAAGGGAACAUACCGAGUUUCAAUAGCUAAUAAAUUUGGCAGUGAUACAUGUACAGCAACCCUCGACAUAGAAGGAGAAGAUAAACGAAAACCUGAAGCAAAAAGAGAAACACCGAAACCAGUCGUUUCUACAGGCCCACCACCUCCAUUACCUCAUGCACCUUACAUAUUUAAAAUGACUGAUGACACAGCGUCUCUGGGUUGGAGACCAUCCAUUCCUCAGUACCCACAGGUUCCAUACACUUACCGAUUAGAGUUCAGCAGGUUACCCGAAGGACAAUGGUCUACAUAUAAGUCAGGAAUCAAAGAUUCAUCUUGCGACGUAAGAGACUUGGUUCCAGGUGUAGACUAUAUGUUCCGCGUGCGAGUAGAAAAUCGUUACGGUGCCAGUGAACCUUCUCCUUAUAUCACCGCUUACAGAAGCCGCCUCCUCAGAGCACUGACUCCAGCUGACUUUGAGCCCAAAGAUUACGAUUUAGAACAUUUGAAAUUGGACAAAUAUGCUGCUGCUCCCAGGUUCCUCCGAACGGAAGAGGACUGCACGUAUGCUAUACGCGGACAUCCCGCUAGAGUUGAAUUCUGGGUCUACGGCUGCCCACAGCCUAAGAUAACCUGGUAUUUCAACAACGAACCAGUAGAGUCCGGAAAAUACGACUUCCUUGAAGACCGCAAUGGUCAAGUCAUCCUCUUUAUCACUCGCAUGGGCGAUAACGACGUGGGAACGUAUACUUGCAAAGCUGUGAACGAACACGGAGAAGCACAACGCAAAAUUAAGCUGUUGAUUGCAGAUCCACCUGUCUUCACGAAGAGACUGGAACCACAGACGAUAAUGAUUCGAAAGGGUGGAGAAUUCAGAUGCCGAGCCAUUGGAGUUCCCUAUCCCAAAAUCAAAUGGUUCAAGGACUGGCAUCCUCUUGCCGAAUCGAGCAGAAUACACAUAAAAUGGGAGGAACCAGAGACUUGCAUAUUAUCUGUCAGCGAUUCCAUUUUGAAAGAUGGGGGACUUUACACAUGCACUGCUACAAAUGUUGGUGGCACUGCAACAACAUCAGCAAUGCUGAGCGUUGAAGAAUGCGAGAACGAAUAUCAUAUCCUCACAUAUCAGCGACCGCCGUUUUCGAAGCCGAACGAAAGACCAUUCGAAGAUUUCUACGAUAUUGGAGACGAAGUGGGAAGAGGAACGCAGGGCAUAACUUACCACGUCGUGGAGAGAAAAACGGGCCGUAGUUUAGCUGCUAAAGUGAUGCACGGAGCAGACAAACUGAUGGACUUCAUGACUGCCGAGAUGGACAUCAUGAACCAGCUCUGCCAUCCCCGGCUAGUCCGGCUCUGGGACGCACAUCAAACCAAGUCUUCUCUGACCCUUGCCACUGACCUAUGUGGAGGAGGUGAACUUUUACCAAAUAUCAUCCACAGAGACAAGCUGACAGAAAGUAUUGUCGCUCACUAUAUUAAACAAAUAUUAGAAGGUUUACAGCACAUGCACGAAAAAAACAUUGCCCACUUGGGGUUGACUAUUGGAGACAUUCUACUAACCAGACUCAACUGUGAUAACAUUAAAAUUGCUGAUUUCGGGUUGGCAACACGCCUGCAUUCUGGAAGAGAGUUCAUUCAGGAAUAUGGCCAUCCAGAAUUCGUGGCACCUGAAAUUGCCAAUAAACAGCCAGUUUCUUUGGCUGCCGAUAUGUGGAGUGUCGGAAUCAUUGCCUAUAUAUUACUGACUGGUGAUUCGCCUUUCCUGAAAGAAAACGACCGAGAAACUCUGAAAGAGGUGCAGAAGGGCCAGACCAACUUUUUCCACGACAAUUUUGCAGUUCUUUCUGAUGAAGCCAGAGACUUUGUUACUCAACUGCUCCAGUUCGAUCCGAGCAAAAGAAUGGACGUUCAUUCAGCUCUGAAGCACAAAUGGCUUGAUUUGGACUCCGUGCCAGAUAAAUGUGAUGAACUUGAAAUCGUCGACAGCCUGAGAAAUUAUCAUAAGAGAUGGAGAUCAUGGUAUUCGAAUGCCUCCUGUCGCUGGUUCUUCAGGCGAAGGACCCUGGAGUCGUGCUUCACUCACCCAAGCAGGAUGAUCUACCCUCCAGACGAGGUGUACACUCCACCCGCUACACCGGACAGCGAACUGGACAGAAGUCGAGUGAAGCCAGGCGCUUUCGACGAUGUCACUUACAGGCAGAGAAUCGAAAGAGAAGCCAUAGAUCCCAGAUCCGAAAGCCAUUACCAGAAUGGUCCCGAUACAUUUUUGCUUCCUCUACGAGAUCCUGAUUUCCCUGUCCGUAUCAGAAGGUACCUCAAAGUGGGUGCAAACCGCAGUCCUCUCCUCGCCAAUCACCUGAGAGACAAGCAUUGGGGCUACAGCGAUGUUGCCGUGAAGGAGCGCAGGAAGUUCGUGGACGUAAUGGACGAAGAAAUCAACGACGAGAAGAGGGGUGUCUCCAGGUCUGCCAAUCUCAGACUGAGACACGAGGUUGGCACUCCAGGAUCAGGAUACGAGCACAUAGAGACCAGGGCUCAGAAAAAGAAGAGAGGAUUCAGGGGAACAGAAGGAACUGCACCGUUCUUCCGUGAGAAAAUCAAGCAUGUCGUUGUGCGAGAGAAUGAAGAUGCCGAGUUCCACUGCCGGGUCACAGCUUCGCCAGAUGCUCAAGUUUCGUGGUUCAGGAAUGAUGGCAUUCUCAUAGAAAGUUCCAGAAUAAUAAUAAAUAAAUGGUCUGAUGGACGUUGCUCGUUGACCUUGAGACCUGCUAAAGCUUAUGACGUUGGCGUGUACAAGUGCGUUGCCAGAAAUCCUCAUGGAAUUUCAGUCUGCAGAGCACGUCUGAAUCUUGGAAAUGUCUCUGUUAAGCCUGAACCACCCAAGGCGGAUAAAUGUUCAGACACUGAAAUCUUUCUUACGUGGCUGCCUCCCAAAUUCGAUGGUUUCAGUCCAACCUUUGGAUAUGCUUUAGAAUGCAGAGAGGAAGGAAGUGAAACGUGGACGAAACUAGCCAACAAUAUAUCCCACGAAUUUUAUUUGGUUAGAAAUCUGAAGCCCGAAACUACUUAUUAUUUCCAUACCUGUGCGGUCAACAAAUUCGGUUGGAGUGAAUUCAGUGAUUCUUCUGAGCCAAUCAUGACGCUCGCCGAAUCUGCACCCAAAAUCGAACUGGGCAGAGCCGAGUCGUUUCAACAGGAUCAGACCGACAGCGGCCAAGAAUUGAUUCUGGACUCUUUAGAACAGGUCAAGUUAGACUAUGCAAGAGAAGAUGAACCAGUGACUCUGGAAGAAGCAGAACCCACAGAUGUCUACAACUAUAUAUCCGAAGUUGCAAAGGGUCGCUUCUCACUGGUGAUGAAAGUAUGGCACAAAAAAGUGAACGGUUCAUUCGUGGCCAAGGCUCUGGACUUGACAGGCGCGGCCGCAGAUGCAGCCCAUAAAGAAUUCGAUAUCUACAGGUCUUUGCAACACGAGAAAAUUGCCAACCUGCAUUCCGCAAGCAUCUCCAAGAAUUCGAUGUUCUUCGUCAUGGAGAAGCUCUCUGGCAUCGAUGUCAUCAGCUUCCUUUCCAUGAGACCGCUCUACACAGAAGAAAUGGUUUCGAGAAUUAUUCAUCAAGUGAUAGAUGCUUUGGAGUACCUUCACUUCCGAGGCAUCUGUUACUUCGAGUUGCAGCCGGAUAAUGUUGUCAUGGAGGACAGGCAUCACCAAAAUAUCAAAUUGGUUGAUUUCGGAAGUGCCCAGUAUGUACCAGAAGGAGGAGCCAAGGUCCAGGUGCAUGGAAAUCCUGAGUAUUUAGCUCCUGAGAUUUUGAAAGGGGAAGAAGUCCAUACACCUGCUGAUAUCUGGGGAGUUGGCGUCUUGGCAUACAUAUUACUUAGCGGAGUCUCGCCAUUCGCUGGAGACACUGACAAAGAGACCAAAGAUAAUGUUUUGUUCGUAAGAUACCACUUCGAUCACCUGUACAAAGAAGUCACACCUGAAGCGACUCACUUCCUAAUGCAACUCUUCAAACGAACCCCUCAGAAAAGGCCGACCGCCGAAGAAUGCCUCGAGAACAAGUGGUUACUACCGAAUGAGUUCAUGAUCAAGAAGCGAGAGCACGCCGUCUUCCUGUCGCAUCACCUCAAAGAAUUCUCAGAGCAGUUCCAUUCCCUUAAGAGCAAGUCAACGCCUGCACAUUUACUAAAUAUCUUCGGAAAACCGGAGACGAGGUAAUGGCUGAAAUACCUACUUACGGGAACUGUUUCCAUUUGCCAAUCAAGAAUAACUGUAAAGCACAAUAUCAACAAUACUGGACUCAAUGCUUUACAAAAAAAAAAGUGCUUCAAAAAUGGAAUCAUUAUAUAAUUGUUUUAUUAUUUGUUUCUGUGUUAAGUGCAUGUCAUUAGAAUAACAAGAUAUGAAGAAAUCUUGCUUCAUACAGUGCAAUAUGGACUUUCAACAUAUCAGAAAUAAUGCAUUUGAAUUUAAAAUUAAAUGUUUAAUCAGAUGUGGUUUCCUAUAAUAAUAUAAAUAAAGAAAUUCGAAGACUA